UUCUACUAUUGAAGUGUCUUUCAUUCAGCAACAAAUAAAAGCAGUUCUCUUACUCUGAUUUAAACUUAAGAUUAUUAGCUUUUCUAGAUGACAGUUAUUUAUGGUCUUCAUCUUUAACUUGUUGCAGAGAGCUUAUUGGUGAAGACCCCAAUGGAUGUUCGUGGUUUAUUAUUUAUCAGUUGUAAGUUUCUGCUCUUUUUCUCUGGAUUAUGUUAUGCAACAAUUGACACCAUUAGUCCAUCCAAGUCCCUCAGUGAGGGCAGGACUUUGGUUUCAAGAGAUGGAACAUUUGAGCUUGGGUUCUUCAGUCCGGGCAGUUCUAAGAAUCGUUACUUGGGAAUUUGGUACAAGAAGAUCCCAGUUCAAACUGUUGUCUGGGUUGCAAAUCGACUCAAUCCAAUCAAUGAUUCUUCUGGAAUGUUGAUGAUAAACGGAACAGGCCAUCUUGUUCUGAUGAGCCAGAACACAAGUGUAGUAUGGUCGGCUAACUUGACAAAACAAGUAUCAAGUUCAGUGGUAGUUCAGCUCCUGGAUACAGGAAAUCUUGUUCUAAGAGAUGAACAAAAUGGUGAUUUAGGAGCUUAUUUGUGGCAAAGUUUUGACUAUCCUUCUGAUACAUUAAUAGCAGAAAUGAAGCUUGGAUGGGACUUACGAAAUGGUUUUGAACGGAGAAUAUCAGCUUGGAGGAGUCCGGAUGACCCAUCUCCAGGGGACUUUUCUUGGGGAAUUGAAAAACAAGAAAAUCCUGAGAUAAUUAUGUGGAAGGGUUCAAAAAAAGUUUAUAGGAGCGGUCCAUGGAAUGGCAUUGGAUUCAGUGGAGCGCCUGAGUUAAGGCCUAAUCCAGUUUUUAGGUACAACUUCGUGUCUAAUGAGGAGGAGGUUUACUACAUGUUCAAUGCGACAAGUAGAUCAGCAAUCUCGAGAAUUGUUAUGAAUGAAACCAGUAAUGUUCGUGAACGAUUUGUAUGGAAUGAAGAAAAUCAAAGCUGGAAGCUGUAUGCAUCCGUGCCAAGAGAUCGCUGUGACACUUACGGUCUUUGUGGUUCUUAUGGGGUUUGUAUUCUUAGUGCAUCACCAAUUUGCCAAUGUUUAGAAGGAUUCCAGUCUAGAUCAGUAGAAAGCAUGGAUUGGUCUCAAGGCUGCAUUCGCAAUAAGCCUGUAAACUACUCUAAAGCAGAUGGUUUUAUCAAAUUUGAUGGGUUGAAAUUGCCAGAUGCUACACAUUCUUCAGUGAACAAAAGUAUGAAUAUCAAGGAAUGCAGGGAGAAAUGCCUAGAGAAGUCGUCUUGUAUGGCAUACACUGCCUCAGAUAUUAGAGGAGGAGGCAGUGGCUGCACUAUGUGGUUUGGCGAUCUGAUAGACAUGAAACAGUUUUCAGCUGGUGGGCAGGACUUGUAUAUCCGAAUGUCUGCUUCAGAAAUAGGGGCGAAUGAUGAGAAGAAGACUACACUGAUAAUAGUAUUUACUACCAUUGCUGUGGUUGCUGGAGUGCUUUCACUUAUUGUUGGCUAUUAUAUUCACAAAAACAAGGGAAACUUAGUAGGUAAUGUUAUUCAGUCUGCCAUGUCAGAGAGAACUGAAUGCAACCAGGGCAGCAGUCAUAAAAAGGAUGAUUCAAAAGAAGACUUGGAGCUUCCACUGUUUGAAUUAGAUACAAUUUCUAAUGCCACUGAUAAUUUUUCAAGCAACAAGAAGCUUGGAGAAGGUGGCUUUGGACCUGUAUACAAAGGUACACUUCUGGAUGGGCAAGAGAUUGCGGUGAAGAGACUUUCGAAGAUUUCUGGCCAAGGAUUAAAUGAAUUCAAGAAUGAAGUUAUACUGAUUGCCAAACUACAACAUAGGAAUCUUGUAAAGCUUCUUGGGUGCUGCAUUGAAGGAGAUGAGAAAAUGCUAAUAUAUGAAUUCAUGCCCAAUAAAAGCCUAGACGCUUUUAUUUUCGAUCAAACAAGAUGCAAGGUAUUAGAUUGGUCCAAGCGUUUCCAAAUCAUUUGUGGGAUUACCAGAGGUCUUCUGUAUCUUCACCAAGAUUCAAGAUUGCGGAUCAUACAUAGAGAUUUGAAAGCAAGUAAUGUACUACUUGAUCAUGAGAUGAAUCCGAAAAUUUCAGAUUUUGGCUUGGCACGAACUUUUGGUGGAGAGCAAUCGGAAGGAAACACAAAGAGAGUGGUUGGAACUUAUGGUUAUAUGGCUCCAGAAUAUGCCACUGAUGGACUAUUCUCAGUAAAAUCUGACGUCUUCAGCUUCGGCAUCUUGAUGCUAGAGAUAAUAAGCGGAAAGAAAAAUAGAGGGUUUUAUCAUCCAGAUCACAACCUCAACCUUAUAGGAUAUGCAUGGAAACUAUGGAAAGAAGGCAAGCCAUUGGAGCUGAUUGAUUCAGCAUUGGGAGAUCAAUCAUGCAAUCUGUCAGAAGUGAUAAGAUGUAUCCACAUUAGUCUCUUGUGUGUUCAACAGUAUCCGGAGGAAAGGCCAAACGUGUCGUCUGUGGUUGUGAUGCUUCAUAGUGAGAACGUUUUGCCUGAGCCAAAACAACCUGGUUUCUUGAUGGAUAGGAAAUCACAAGGACCAGACCCUUCAUCGGGUAAGGCUGAAUCUUCUUCAACUAAUGAAAUCACUAUCUCAUUGUUGGAGGCUCGAUAGUUACAUAAUUUUUAACUAUAUCAACUGAAUUAAUGGAUAUUAGACAUCCAUAGACCACAGAAACUUUGAUUCAUUUAUCAAAUUUAGCUAUGUGAAAUAGAUUAUGUUGUAGUUUAGCUUGUAUCAACUAAUAUAUUGAGGAUGAUCUUGGAGCAUUUUAGAGUUUUAACUAA